GACGAAACAGUCCGUCGUGACGUCGUCUGCAUUUCCGUCCACCAAGGUAACUUUAGAUGUGAGCAAUACUCAGUUAAUGUUAUUAACAUUUUGGAUCAGGAAGUUUAGUUUGGGAUCGGUUGGGAAUUUGUGAUUAACUGGAUGUCCAAUUUUAAUAAAUAAUGUCAGGAAAAAGCAAUUCAAAUGCUAGUAUGAACAUGAGUUGUGAUGAUGAAGAAUUCGUAUCGUGCCAAAUAUGUUUCAUGAACUUUGAUGAGACAGAACGCGUACCAAAAUAUUUGGAAAAGUGCUACCACUUUUUUUGCCUACCUUGCCUCAAGGAUCUAAGUGGACCAUCUGGCAGAAAGAAAAUUCUUUGUCCUGUUUGCAGGUCAGCUUCAAAUUUGUCAAAGAGAAAAUGUGAAGAAUUGGUUACCAACCAUGUUGCCUUGCGCCUUUUAAAGGUAGUUGAAACUCAGACAAAAGCUGGUGAAAGAGAGGUGGAACAGCUGUGGUGUACUGAAUGUAAUUCUUCUGCAUCUGUCGCUUGCCAGCAAAGCAAGCAUAAAACUCAAAACUACCUUGAAGCAUACAGUGAACAUUCUCUGCAGCUGAAAUCUAGAAUUAAUGAACAACAUUUAACCUGUGAUAAAGUUUUGAAAGACUGUCAUCAAGUCCAGUCAGUUAACCAAUUUGUCCUGAGUUGUGCUGAUUGGCUUCAGUCAGAAUUUAGUCACAGGAAUGCUACCAACAAUAUUUUAAUAGCACAAGUAGAAUCUCUUAAGUCAUCUGAAGAAUUUUCCAUUCUUAUGGAAGAAGAUAUGGUGAAAACCUUAAAAACAAUUGAUGAACUUAAAGUCAAGUUCAGCUCCAGAACUGAAGAUGUUAAAGCCACAGGAUCAAAAAUUCUUGAUGUCCUAAAUUCACUGAGCAGUGCUCAACAAGAUGCGGAAUACCUAGCGCAUUUUUCAAGUGAUGUGUCACCUUCUAAUAUUGUUGACUGGCUUAAAAUGUUGAACAAUUUAAACUUGGAAGCCUCUUCAAGGAAUAGCUCUUUGAAGCUCUGUGUCAAAGUUCUCGCAUUUCUAUUAACGCUGUUGAGUGAAGAACUCACAAAUACGGAAAACACUUCUGCAUCGAAUGCUAGCAGCAGCAAUAAGAAUGACGUUUUGAACAAACAGUGCAAUGGCGAUCUGGAAAAGGAAGAAAUAAAUGGGAAACUUGAAGAAAUCCGAAAUCCACCUGAAAAUAAUGAACCACUCCCUUCUUGCUCAGGCACGCAUAAGCGAAUGGCUCAAAACCAACCACAAGGCGCAUCCACUAGCAAAAAAUUUCGUGAGCAACCACCCACAUUGAUAGAAAUCGAAAAGAAAACUGGACAAGAAACCAACGAAAAAUUGAAGAUGCCUAAUAUUUGCCCGAGAAAGUGCUAUUUCCAGUUUCGAAUUAAUGACGAGGAGGCAAGUGAACGAGUAAUUUUCGAGUUAUAUGAUGAUAUGGCCCCGAUCAUGGCUUCCAAGUUUCGUGAGUUCUGUACUGGUACACUUGGAGCCCUAGGAUACUUAGGGUCGAAAGUAUUUCCGCACCAAGUUGUCCACAAUCAACUACCGACGUUGAAAAGUAUCCCUAGUUUGAGAGGAGGUCAAAUUUUCGAUCUUGAAAAUUAUCUGUUCAUUGCUGACGUCUCAUCUGUGCCGGCCAAACUUGGUUCGAUUUUAUUCACUGUCCAAGAGGAUAACCUUUGGGGAACGAUCGUCUCGCCUGACUUUCAAAUACUAUUGGGUGAUCCCCAGUGGGAUGAAAGGAAUAUGCCGAAGACAAUCUUUGGUCACGUUGUUGUCGGCUUUAACGUAUUGGAGAGGAUUAGGAAAAUCAAAGUUACCAAGGAUGUGGUCACUAUCGUUGAUUGUGGAGUUAUCUAACUAAGGAUUUCAAUUUCUUUUCCAUGUUCUUAACUCAGCAUAUCUCAAUUAAAGUUUAUCCAAUGCGCUUUGGUAAAAUUUAUCAGUGUUUGACGCUUACAAUCUUUGUUCAUUAAAUUCUCAAAAUACAGUUUUUGUUUCCUUGA